CUACUCUCUUGCCGGACUCGGAAGGAGCAGAGCGGAGGAGAGCGCAGCACCGCACUGAGCAGCUACGAAACACCCCGUCCAUCCAUCAGCCGUCCCAGCGCCCACCGCCACAGGCCCGUGCGGACAGCGCCGCUGAGAAGAAUCACCCGGCGGGACACUCUUCUCAUCUCCCUUCGGCACACUCCACCUCACCGCCCCUCCGCCGGGCAGCCCGACACCGCUGGCAGCCUGACACCGCGCAGCCCACAAGCCCACGACCGUCGCGGGAUGUCCCCCACCAGCUUCACCGUCGCCCUCCUCCUCGCCCUCCUCAGCCCAGAGGCGCAGGGCCAGGAGUGCAGCGGGCAGUGCCAGUGCGGCCCGGGGCCCGGCCCCACCUGCCCCGCCGGCGUCUCCUUGGUGCUCGACGGCUGCGGCUGCUGCCGCGUCUGCGCCAAGCAGCUGGGCGAGCUCUGCACCGAGCGCGACCCCUGCGACCACCACAAGGGCCUCUUCUGCGACUUUGGCUCCCCUGCCAACCGCAGGAUCGGCGUCUGCACCGCUCGGGACGGCGCCCCGUGCGUCUUUGGCGGCAUGGUGUACCGGAGCGGCGAGUCCUUCCAGAGCAGUUGUAAGUACCAGUGCACCUGCCUGGACGGGGCCGUGGGCUGCGUGCCCCUCUGCAGCAUGGACGUCCGCCUGCCCAGCCCCGACUGCCCCUACCCGCGCCGGGUGAAGCUCCCUGGAAAGUGCUGUGAAGAGUGGGUCUGCGAUGAGGCCAAAGAGCAGACUGCCGUGGGACCUGCUCUCGCUGCUUACAGACUGGAAGAUACUUACGGUCCAGACCCAACAAUGAUGCGUGACAACUGCCUGGUGCAGACCACAGAAUGGAGUGCUUGCUCCAAGACCUGUGGCAUGGGUAUCUCAACCAGGGUCACCAAUGAUAACGCCUUCUGCAGACUGGAGAAGCAGAGUAGGCUCUGCAUGGUCCGACCUUGUGAAGCAGACCUGGAGGAGAACAUCAAGAAAGGCAAAAAGUGCAUCCGUACCCCCAAAAUCUCCAAGCCCAUCAAGUUUGAGCUGUCUGGUUGCACCAGUGUGAAGACCUACAGAGCCAAGUUCUGUGGCGUCUGCACAGACGGGCGCUGCUGCACACCCCACAGAACUGCCACCCUCCCUGUGGAGUUCAAAUGCCCCGAUGGAGAGGUCAUGAAGAGGAAAAUGAUGUUCAUCAAGACCUGUGCGUGCCACUACAACUGCCCUGGAGACAAUGACAUCUUUGAGUCUCUGUACUACAGAAAGAUGUAUGGAGACAUGGCAUAAAGCCUGAAGGAGACGCUAACUAGAUUCUCAACUUGAACUGAUUUGCAUCUCAUUUUGUAAACAUGAUUCAAUAGCACAAGGUAUUUAAUUUUUUUUUUUACAUUUCAACAAACUGCUCCACGUGACUUUUAAGAAAACUUUUCUACUGACCCCGAAUGGUGGUUUAAAGAUGUAAAAUGGACAGCAAGACCACAGCAAGACACAACUUCAGAACAUGUUGUUCAUGAGGUGGUGUGAAGGGGUUGAGGGAAAUAGGCAGGAAAAGCAGAUUCAAGCAAAUGUUCACAUAAUGUGGUACAGCAUGCUUCAUCUAGUAGUGCAAUUGAGAAGGAGAGGGUGAGUAUGCUUGCUGGCUGGCUGCUGGUCUGGUGACAGUAGCAGUUGGAAUGCAAACACUCACCCAGCAAAGUGCUAAGCAGAAGGUGUCCUGAUAAGUCAGGAUGGUAGCGUUUCAGCUCUGACACUCUGAUUCGUAUGUCUUGGUCAGCAAGAAUCAGAAUCAUGUCUAUUAGACUGGACAGCUUGUGGCAGUUAAUUUACCUGUAACAAGCUACUUCUUAUUAAUAUUGUAAAUACUGUGUGUAUAUAUAUUUGUACAGUUACCUAAAUUAAUUUAAAGUUUCGUGCCUUUGUUUAAUGCUUUGAAAGUUCAAUGAUAGCCUGUUUUUGGAACAAGAUAGGUAGGAUUUAAAGCUUGUUUGACAAUGCACUCAAAGCAUGAAACAGAUACUCUAGUGGAAGUUCUUUGGAUAGGGCCAAAUGGUGAGUUGACAUCAAGAUGGAGACCGUUAAAGAGUUGAGGUGCCUGUGUCCUUACAAAGCAUUCAUCUGGCAAAACACAUUUAGUUCCCCUCUGUGGAGAAGUGGCUUUAAGAAAAAAAAAAAUGGCUCUUCUGUAGCUCGUCAGUCUUUCCACUCGAGCAUUUGUUUCUUUCUUUGACUAUGGCUCUUUUUGGACAGUUUAUUUGUUGAGAAGUGUGACCAAAAGUUACAUGUUUGCACCUUUUUAGUUGAAAAAAUAAAGUAUUUAUAUUUUUUAUAUAAA